AUGGAAGAUGGUUUUGCUUUUCAGAUGCAAAGGGUGCCUAUCCUUACCCUGUAUUUAUGUUUGGCUGAGAACAAGCAGGGUAAUAAGGUCUCUUACCGUAUUAUCUCCGUGCGUUUGAUGGAUGUGAUGCAUGCAGAGAUCGUAAAACCCGAAUUCCAAGUAGUGGGUUAUAAAUCUGGCGAAGGGCUUCCUCUUGGUAUGGGUUUCGGUAUUUUCCGAUCCAACAUUAUUUUGGCCGGCGGCCUUGAAGCCGUGUACGACGGCUACACAAAUUUCCCACCAAAUCCAAGGAAGGAUGUGUAUCAGUUUGACGAUAACAGUACCUACACCAUUCCCUUCCUCCAACAAGGGAAGUCUUGUCCUUUCCUGGCACAGCAUAAUGGCAAAUUGUAUGUUCUCUCAACUUUCUCUUUAAAGUUUUCUGCUGGCCAUCACUUUACUCCCUCUUUUGAAAUGUUUGAUCCAAAAGAGGGCAAAUGGGCCAGUCUGCCUGAACCCCCACCUUUCACCCGCGACUACCUUAAACAUGAUCCUUUUACUGCUCAUGCAGUUGUAGGCUCUAACAUAUUUGUCUCAUCUAUCUUUACUCCCAUAUUCUGUUUUAACAUGGAUGAUCCCAAUCAAGAAUGGAAAGAACACGAAUUUAACAUGGAUAGUCAAGAAUGGGACUGCCAAGGCUUGCCCAUGGAUUUUAAUGGUCAAGCUUUAGCAGUGGAAACUAAGGAUGGAGAUUGGGUGAUUUUAAGCUGUACGCCACAAAGUGAUCCUAUUGAAGCUGGCGACGACAUUGAUGAAGAUGACCACGAUGAGUACGACCAGGACAACUUUGAUUUGGAGGAGCAUCAUUAUCAUCGUGCUCGUCCUUCUCGUGACUAUGAAUGGUGGGGUAUGUCUAUACAUGGGUAUCUGAUGUCAAAAGACUGUAAAUCAUUGAAACUAAUGAAAGAUUUGAAGGUGCCGGAGGGUAUCUUACCUCGUAAUCGUCAACGUGUGCGUGGAAUGGAAUUUAAGUUGGUUCAUUUAGGGGAGCAAAAAGUAUGUCUUGUUAUGUGCGUAGACUAUGGGCAUGAGCCCAAGGAUUUAGAGAUUCAUGUUAUUGGUUUCGAAUUUCAACUUCUACCGAGUAGAGAUGCCUUACACUUCACAAUGCUCAAUGAUGUUUCUCAAUUUACAUAUCAUGGCGAUGAGUCAUUAGAACCUAGCACCACCGGAAUAUACAUUCACAGUGCCUUUUUCCUGUAA